AUGUUGUGGAGAAGAAAAAGAGGAAAAUCAUGCUCCUGUUGGAUUUGUCUCGAAGAAGGCAAACUCGAUUCUAAUUGGUACGUUCAUAAAUGUGGCUGUAAUUUACAAGUUCAUAAGUCAUGCUACAUUCAAUGGAUCUACAGCUCUGGUUUAAACGAACUAAAUCAAAUAAAUGACACAUUUGAUUUAGCUGGAUAUGUUCCUGCAAUGGAAACCGCGGUGAAGGCAACACUUCUUAAUAAAAUUGAUAGACAUCCCGCCUUCCAUCAAAACUCUCAUUUAUGGAUGACCACUGGAAUCAUCAGAACACUUCCUGUGCCACUCAAAAUUGUCAGAGUGCCUAUAUAUAUGAUGGAUACGAUACUUCGAGGCAACCAAUUACUUGGUCCGGAACUUCCAUUGAGUUUUGUUUCUGCACAAUGUCCCCAAUGUAAGAAAGAACUUAACCUGUGUGACUUAGGGACAUCACCUUCAUUCGCAACUCGAAUACUGGAUAUCGCAUAUUUCCUCAAAAGAUCAAUGGGAUUUGCUGGUAUGAUGGUAUCUCUCAUUGCUGUUCCUCUAAAUGCAACUUUUUUUUUAAUGAAAUUGAGUCUUUUCCAAUUACGAUGCCUUUUCCCAGAAAGUGCUCUUAGAAUACUACUUGAUAUCCCAACGUCUGAUGCAAUGGAUAUCUACACAGAUUCUUCUGCAGGAAUUCAGAGCAUACCAACAAUUUCGAAGCUUAUAAUGAUUUGGAUGCCCAUGUAUGUUGCUAACUUCCAAAUCGACAUACCUUUCAGUUACCUGUUGAAACCUGUAUGGUUGCUCUUGAUCGCUAACCAAGUCAAUAAAUAUAAUGACACUACUAUAGGACGUACCUUACGAAAAGUACUAUCUUCCACGUUUGUGAUUAGCUUUUUGUAUGAUAUCAUUGUUGAUUCACUUACAUCGUACCUUUUCUACAAACCCAAAGCGACAUCAUUAUUAUUUUCUACUAACCAAAGAUUUGUUAGGCUUAAGGAAUCUGAAAAUAAUGGCAGAUAUUUUGAUUAUUCAAACGUUAUAAUAAAACAUGACAUAUAUCAAUCAAUCUUUGAUAGCGUUGCCUGGCCGUUUCUUGGAAACUUUACGGGCAAAAGUUUACUCAAAAGCUUAGUUUGGGCUAAACGACAUUCCAAGUUAUCUUGGUUUCCAUCAGUUUACAAAUCUGAUAUUGAUCAACUUGUUUUCAACUUUAUUGGUUUCGGAACUGUAGGUAUUGUUUACAAGGCAAUCCAUUUAUUUAUCACUCACUUACGUUGGAAAGAAAUGAAACAAGACCAAAAAUCCUUAUUUGACAUUAUUGGACAGCCAUCCUACGUAUUUUACCGAGAUCCAACCAUCAUGAGAGAAAUAGACGCGACCGUAAAAAUAGAUACGUGA